CCCACAACCCAAACAUCACCCCCUUUAACCCUCCAUGACCCCAACCCCCAUUUUUUUGGGAGGGGCCGCCCCUUUCCCUGCCCCCACCUCUGCUGCCUGAGCCCAAACCUUCUCCCCGCCCCCAAGGAGCGCAGGAAGAGCUCGGCCACAAAAACCCCGGCGCCUCCUCCGCGGCGCCGACAGGGACCGGCUGGCACUGCCCGGUGGCACUGCCCGGUGGCACUGCCAGGACAUGGCCAGGGCCCGGGCGUGGCUGCUGCUGGCGCUGCUGGCCGGGCACUGGGCAGGGCCGGGCCGGGCCGGGCCGUGCCAGGACGGGGAGCUCAGGGCGGUCUGGGGAGAUGGCACCAAGUGCUGCCCCAGGUGCACCUGGAAGGCAGCAAACCCCGCGCCCUGCGCGGCGGCCAAGGACGACGACUGCAAAUGUCCCCAGGGGCACGGCUGCUCCGGGGAGCCCUGCCAGUUCUGCAGGAAACUGCCCCAGUGCCCGCCGGGCUGGGAGCUCAGCAGGAUCGGAAGUGUGAAUUUCCGCUUUGAGUGCAAACCCUGCGAGAACGGCACCUACUCCAGCAGCAGGAACAGCUGGUGCCGCAACUGGACUGACUGCGGGAGCAGCGGCUUCGUCACUCUGCGGGAGGGGAACAGCACCCACAACUCCGUGUGCAGCCUGCCCGUGCGAGCGCUGGAGCCAGCCCGGGCUGCGCUGGAAUUCCCCUCCAGCACCAUCCUGGCCAUCCUGGUGGCCGUGGCCGUGUUCGUGCUCGUGCUGCUCACCUUCCUGCUGCACCUGUGCAUCUGGAGCCUCCGCAGGGAGCCCAAACUCCUGCCCGGGGACUCGGGCCCGACCUUCCUGCGGCUGCCGCCGCCGCAGCGCCCGGCGCAGGGGGAGGAAUCCUACAGCAUCCAAUUCCCGGAGGAGGAGCACGGCGACAAGAGCGAGGAGAAGCUUUCCGUGCUGUCCCUCAAGGUCUACAGCGAGCUCCGCUGAGGGGUCCGAGGAGGGACCCGCGCCGGGAGCCCGGGAACGCGGGGCUGGGCCGGGCCGGGCCGGGCUGGGCUCCCCCAACACCCACCAGCAGCAGAGGGUGGGGACCGAGGGCGCUUCUCCCUGGGAAAAGGAGCGGGGUCAGGGCGAGUUUGGAUUCGGUUUUUCCUAAAAAAAUGGAAUUUAGGGAUAAAUCCUGCUGGGGUUGGUUCAGGAGGACAGGAGCGGGGAUUUCCCAGGAUAUCUGAUUUGCAGGAGUGGGAAUGGUGGCCACAUCAUCUCCUGCUCUUCCUCCAUCUCCUGCUCUUCCUCCAUCUCCUGCUCUUCCUCCAUCUCCUGCUCUUCCCCAUCCCAUCUCCUGCUCUUCCCCCAUCCCAUCUCCUGCUCUUCCCCCAUCCCAUCUCCUGCUCCUCCCCAUCCCAUCUCCUGCUCCUCCUCCAUCCCAUCUCCUGCUCUUCCCCAUCCCAUCUCCUGCUCCUCCCCCAUCCCAUCUCCUGCUCUUCCCCAUCCCAUCUCCUGCUCUUCCCCAUCCCAUCUCCUGCUCUUCCUCCAUCCCAUCUCCUGCUCUCCCCCAUCUCCUGCUCUCCCCCAUCCCAUCUCCUGCUCUUCCCCAUCCCAUCUCCUGCUCUUCCCCAUCCCAUCUCCUGCUCCUCCCCAUCCCAUCUCCUGCUCCUCCCCCAUCCCAUCUCCUGCUCUUCCCCAUCCCAUCUCCUGCUCCUCCCCCAUCCCAUCUCCUGCUCUUCCCCAUCCCAUCUCCUGCUCUUCCCCAUCCCAUCUCCUGCUCCUCCCCAUCCCAUCUCCUGCUCUUCCUCCAUCCCAUCUCCUGCUCUUCCUCCAUCCCAUCUCCUGCUCUUCCCCAUCCCAUCUCCUGCUCUUCCCCCAUCCCAUCUCCUACUCUUCCCCCAUCCCAUCUCCUGCUCCUCCCCAUCCCAUCUCCUGCUCCUCCCCAUCCCAUCUCCUGCUCUUCCCCCAUCCCAUCUCCUGCUCUUCCCCAUCCCAUCUCCUGCUCUUCCUCCAUCUCCUGCUCUCCCCCAUCCCAUCUCCUGCUCUUCCCCCACCUCCUGCUCUUCCCCCAUCCCAUCUCCUGCUCUUCCUCCAUCCCAUCUCCUGCUCUUCCCCAUCCCAUCUCCUGCUCUUCCCCAUCCCAUCUCCUGCUCUUCCCUCGGUUUUCCAGCCCUGCCCCUUGGGUCAUUCCCAGCCCCAUUCCAGCCUCUCCCGACCCCAUUCCUGCUCCCACCCAAAGAUUCCCUUGGGAAGCUCCUCCUGUGCCACCAGGGCUUUUCCUGUGCGGGUUCUUCCAAGGAAAAUCAGGGAAAGAAGGGGAGUGGAGCUCAUCCAGAGCUCUGGGAAAGCGGAGGGAAUGGGAAAAGCCCCCUGGCAAACGCUCUCCGGUGGGAUUUGGGGAUCUCUGAUCCCUGGGGGGCCCUUCCCUCUUGGGAUAUUCCAAGAUUUUUGGUGUAAUUCCAGCAGGUUUGGGAAUUUUUUUGGGCUGGCCCCCUGGGGAGAUGCCAGUGCCAACACCUGUAUUGAUAAUUAGGGAUAAUCCGGAUAAUCCAGGAUGAGUUUCUCAUGGAAAUUCCCAGGAUUUCAGAGGAAUUGCUCAUGGAUGAUCCCUGGAUUUUGGGCUGGGAGCUCUGGGAAUGUUCCCCUGGAGAAGGAUUGGGAUGAGGGAUGGAGGGACAGACACUGGGAAUGGAAAAGGGAAGGGUGGGAUCAGAAAUCCGGGAAAAUCCCUGGGAGAUUCCAGAGGCUCCCAGGGAAUUCCAGCAGGUUUCCCUGGAUUUGGGGUCGGGGUCACAGCAGGGAAUUCCUGCAGGAGCAGAGACCCCAAAAGCUGCUCUGGGAAUUUCUGAUUUCCCCAGGAAAAUUUGGGAAAUUCCAAAGAAAAAUUCAUUUGGACCAA